AUCAUAUCACCCUCUGACUCUCUUCUCCUUUUUCAUUCUCAGUAGUGUCUCAGUAGAGAUGGCUUCUGCUUCAUCUUUUCACUCUUCCAUGGCUCUCCAAUCUUUAUUAGCUCCCCACACCGAACGUCCCAUGCUCCCCCACCUCAGACCCAAUCUAAUCAUGCCACGUCACCCCUCCUCUCGCCCCGUCAUCACCUUCUCUCGCCGCCGCAACAAUCCCAACACUCCCAUAACAUCUUCCAAGAAAAAGAAGCAAAGAUUGCCUCAAAAUGAUGCUGCUGAGGAGGAUGAUUUAGAUGCAGAUGCUAUUGAGCUACUCUUUAGCCAGCUAGAAGAAGAUCUUAAAAAUGACGAUAAAUCUCUUGAUGAUGAUGAUGGUGAGAUACUUGAGGAAGACCUUGUAAUGCUUGAACGUGAGUUAGCGGAGGCACUGGGGGAUGAUGAACUAUUAGGGGCAUUUGAUUCACUUGAGGAUGAUGAAGUUAACAAAGCUGAAGAUAAUGAUGGCGAAGAAGAAGAAGAAGAACCAGUGAAGCUUAAAAAUUGGCAAAUUCGAAGACUGGCAUAUGCUUUGAAAAACGGCCGGCGUAAAACUAGUAUCAAAAAUCUUGCCGCUGAUGUAUGUCUAGAUAGAGCUGUUGUUCUCCAAUUACUACGUGACCCCCCUCCAAGUCUUUUAUUGAUGAGUGCUGCUUUACCUGAUAAACCCAUUUCAGUAAUCUCGGAGCCGGAAAGUAAACCCCUAGAAGAAGUUUCAUCUGAAACAGCAGCAGAUGUGGCACAACCUGAAGCCAUGGUGAAUCUGCCAGUUCAUGUCAUGCAAAAAAGUUGGUCUGCUCGGAAAAGAUUGAAGAAAGUGCAAGUUGAAACCCUAGAACGAGUUUUUGACCGAACAAAGCGGCCCACUAAUGCCAUGAUUAGUAGCAUUGUGCAUGUGACAAAUCUUCCUCGCAAAAAAGUCGUGAAGUGGUUUGAAGACAAACGUGCUGAACAUGGGGUUCCUGACCAUCGCCUCCCAUACCAACGGUCUGCUCCUGAAACUGUAUUUAACUCUUAAAAAAAUAUGUUGUAGUGUGUGUUCUUAACUGUUUUGCAAUGUACCUGUAGAGUAUGUUUCAUAUUUAUUUCACUUCUUCAUUUCUUUAAGUUGAUUUAUUAGACUCACUGUUCAUGGACCUAUUAAAACCAAUAAAUUAAGUGGUAGCAGUGUAUAAUUAGGCUCAUGUAUCGAAUCUGCUUGAUUGACUUCCACUACAGUUUUCAAAACUUUUGUC